UAAUUCAGUUUUUCAGCAAAAUGAAGAAGUGGAUGGACAUGUCAAAUCUACCACAGGAAUUCCGAGAGCGAGUGGAGAGGCUGGAGAGAAACUUUGAAGUGUCAACUGUGAUUUUCAAAAAGUUUGAACCAAUAUUUUUGGAUAUAUUUCAAAACCCUUACGAAGAAACUUCUAAAUCACAGCGAAGCAGGAAACAGAGACGGGUGCCAUGCGGUGUUAAAGAUCUCUUCAACUUCUGCUGGACUCUCUUUGUGUACACUAAGGGUAAUUUCCGUAUGAUUGGAGACGAUUUAGUAAAUUCCUAUCAUUUGCUUCUGUGCUGCUUGGACCUGAUUUUUGCAAAUGCCCUUUUGUGUCCAAAUAGAAGAGAUUUGCUAAAUCCAUCGUUUAAAGGCUUACCAGCGGACUUCCACGCGACAGAGAUCAAAGCCUCUGAAGAUCCUCCUUGCAUCAUUGCCACACUAUGUGAGCUGCAUGACGGGCUUUUAGUAGAAGCAAAAGGAAUAAAGGAACACUACUUUAAACCAUACAUUUCAAAACUAUUUGAUAGGAAGAUCUUAAAAGGAGAAUGUCUGUUGGAUCUUUGCAAUUUUACAGAAAAUAACAAAGCACUGAAUAAAGAGUAUGAAGAGUACGUUCUGACAGUGGGUGACUUCGACGAGAGAGUUUUCCUAGGAGCUGAUGCUGAAGAAGAAAUUGGCACUCCUCGAAAGUUUCCUGCAGACAUGCCAGUAGGGAAAACAGCAGCAAGAGCUCAUGUGGAGUGUCAUCUUCAGCAGCAUUUUGAAAAGAAAAGGUCAUUUGCACCUUCAACUCCACUGACUGGAAGAAGAUACCUACGAGAAAAGGAAGCUGUCAUCACUCCUGUUGCUUCAGCAACACAAAGUGUGAGCCGGUUGCAGAACAUUGUGGCUGGAUUGAAAAAUGCACCGAGUGAACAACUUCUGACUAUUUUUGAGUCUUGUGCACGCAGCCCUGUGGAAAGCAUUAUGAGCAGAGUGAAAGAAAUAGGUGAGACGUUCUGUCGCAGCUACACUCAGUCAACAGAUGAACAGCCAGGAUCUCAUAUAGAUUUUGCUGUAAACAGAUUAAAACUGGCAGAGAUCUUGUACUAUAAAAUCUUGGAGACUAUAGUGGUGCAAGAAACACGAAGACUACAUGGGAAGGAUCUGACUGCUCUCUUGGAACAAGAUGUCUUUCACCGCUCUCUUGUGGCAUGCUGCUUGGAGAUCGUGCUUUUUGCAUAUAGCUCGCCUCGUACCUUUCCCUGGAUCAUUGAAGUUCUUGACCUCAGGCCAUUCUAUUUCUAUAAGGUAAUUGAAGUACUGAUUCGGUCUGAGGAAGGACUUUCCAGAGACAUGGUGAAGCACCUCAACAGCAUUGAGGAGCAAAUUCUCGAGAGUCUCGCCUGGACUCAGGACUCGGCACUCUGGAGUGCUCUCCAGGCCUCAGAAAACAAGGUUCCGACCUGUGAAGAAGUAAUAUUUCCCAGUAAUUUCGAAGCAAGCAAUGGAGGAAGUGGGCUUGGGCAUUUGCCUAUGAUGCCAAUAUCUCCUAUAAUUCAUCCUCGAGUAAAAGAGGUUCGGACAGAUCUUGGUGGGAGUUUAAGACGGGACAUGCAGCCAUUGUCACCAAUCUCUGUUCAUGAGCGCUACAGUUCUCCUACAGCUGGAAGUGCUAAGAGAAGGCUCUUUGGAGAUGACAGCCCCAAAGAAAUGCAGAUGGAAAAAAUUUUGACGGAAGGAACUAAGUUGACAAUUGCUCCAGCGUCAAGCAUUGCUGCUGAAAAUGUGUCAGUUUCUCCUGGCCAAACAGUACUGACCAUGACAACAGCUACAGUACCGGGAAAAACAGGACAGAAGGUUACCAUCCCACUGCACGGUCAGCCAUGUAAAAUGGAGGCUCAGGCUCCCUGCCACCCUCAAGUGAAUCACGCACAAGAAGUGCAUCUGUCAUCAGCAAGCAAACCAAAGAAAACAGGAUCCUUGGCACUGUUUUACAGAAAAGUUUAUCAUCUGGCAAGUGUGCGCUUGCGUGAUCUGUGCUUAAAAUUGGAUGUUUCCAAUGACUUGCGCAGGAAGAUAUGGACGUGUUUUGAAUUCACAUUGGUUCAUUGUGCUGAUCUAAUGAAGGACAGACAUUUGGACCAGCUCCUCCUCUGUGCCUUUUAUAUCAUGGCAAAGGUAACCAAAGAGGAAAGAACUUUUCAGGACAUAAUGAAAAGUUACAGAAAUCAGCCACAAGCAAACAGCCAUGUUUAUAGGAGUGUCUUGUUGAGAAAUAUUUCUGCCGAUGUCCUAUUGGACAAAAAUGCAAACCAAGAUGUGGAGAUGACAGAAGACUCGUCUGUGAAAACUGGCAGUUCCUCAGGACGAUCCGCAGCAGAGAACUCCAGUGAGUCGGGAACAGAGGAGAGAGGAGAUCUUAUUAAAUUUUACAAUGCAGUCUAUGUAGGAAGAGUAAAAUCAUUUGCACUGAAGUACGAUAUCACAAACCAGGAUCAUGUAAUGGAAGCCCCUCCCUUGUCUCCAUUCCCCAACAUUAAACAACAGCCAGUGUCUCCUCGGCGGAUCUCUCAACAGCACUCUGUUUACAUUUCGCCUCACAAGAACGGUGCCUGCUUGACACCUCGAACUGCACUGCUGUAUAAAUUUAAUGGGAGCCCUUCCAAGAGUUUGAAGGACAUCAACAAUAUGAUAAAACAAGGUGAACACAGGAGUAAGAAACGAGCAAUAACAAUUGAUAGUGACACUGAAUCCCCUACGAAGCGACUCUGCCAGGAAAAUGAUGACGUUCUACUUAAACGUCUCCAGGAUGUUGUUAGUGAAAGAGCAAAUCAUUAAAACUGCCGGUUUUCUGUGGGAUUUAAAAGCUAUGGAGUUGGAUACAGCUGUUGUGCUAUUUAUUUCGUGCUUUUGUAUACAGACAACUGCCAAGUUUCUUUAACAUUGAACUUUUACCUGACUUCCACAGGAUGCAAAAAGCAAGGAUUAAGUAGUAAAUGCCAGAGAAUGAGAGGUGGUGAUGAUCUUCGUUCCCAAAGGCCACGCUGUGCUAUAAGUUACUCUAUUUGAGAUGUUUUAGCAAGAGUGAUCUGUAGAAAGCCAUAUUGGAUGUUCUCCAGCCUAAUUUAGAGCAUCGUGACUUCUGAGUGUAACUCAGCUUCUAGUAAUACUGGUUUUAUUUUUGGAAUAAGAAUCAUAAGGAAAUGAGUGAAGUCAGUUAAGUUUCCUCAAGCUUUUGGUAUUUGGGGAAGAAAUUUCAGAAGUGCCUUAUUUUAAAAGAAUGUGGAAUUUUAUGCAUUAUUUUACUGUGGAGUAACUGGAGUGGAGAACGAAUUGAUCAUUUAGCCUCAGGAAGAGCUGAGCAGUUUUGAACUGUAUUUGUGCUGUGCUCCAUCUCCAGUCAGAACUUCAGUAAAAGUGUAUGUUACGACAUGGAUCAGACAGCUUUUGCAAUAACAAAGGCAAUAAUCAAAAAGUACAAAUAGCAGUGACUUAAAUUGGACACUGACAUAGGAUAAAGCACUGAGAUAUGGUUCAGUGAGUCUGAAUUAGCUUUCUCUCGAGACAGUGAAUGCUGCCACGGGAGCUGCUCCUUUCCCGUUGGAAGCCUGAUAGCAACCCUGCUGUAGAAGCUGUUCAUACAUAUUGCAGCUUACCCAUGAAGAAGUACAAGCUGGUUACAGUUGAAAAACAGCCGGGGCUUUGGCCAUCUUACAGCUGUCCAAAUGCACAAAUUCAUUUAACAAAUUGUAUCUCUUCAUUUUAUUUUUUCCUGAAGAUCUUAGCCUCUUGUGUAGUAUCUACACUGAAUGUAAGCCCAUCAGAUAAGGCAUGUUUGUAUAUAUGGGGUUUUUUUAUAGCUAUUAAAGGCUUGGAUUCGUUGGAAAUGUGUAAAUUCCAGCAUUCAAUUCUUGUAACUAGGUUUUUAAUGCUGAGGGAUUUGGUAGGGUUUAUUUUACCAAAAUGGGGAAAAGUCAAGGUUUAUUCAUUACUGUAAAUCAGUAGCUUAAUUUUAUUUCAUAAUUGCAUUUAAGAUUAGAGCCAUAGAGAAACUUCUCAGCACUGUAUUUUUCAGUUUGUGUGUAUAGUGAACUGAAAAAAAAAAAAAAAAAGGAACUAUUACAUAGGGCUUGUUUAAGGAGCUCUGUUCAUUUCAUUGUUCGGUUUGUUUAGUAUGUGCUGCAAGAUCUGCUGUACCACAGUUCCAGGGAAGAACACUGUGAUGAUUUCAAGCAGUCUCAGCUAAUGAAUCUGGCCAGCAAUGAUGGAGGAAAAAUGUAUUUAAAAGGGUAUGUGUGCAGGGACCCUACUUGGCAGUGAGUAGAAAGUUUACAAACUCCGUAAUUUGUUUUUCAAUUAUCAACUACUUAAAUAUUUGAUUUUUUACUUUCCAAAAAAGGUGCUUAUUUCUGAAACAUUUGACCGUAGAGAGCUGCAGCAUGAGGAAAUGGCCAUGCAGUGGACUAGGUUUCAUGUAGAUUCUUCUGUUCAGUUCCUUUCAUUUUAUUCAAUUUUUAAUACUUGUCUUCAGAUCUUGAGAUAAAAAGUACAAAAGAAACAACCUUUCUGUCUUGAUCCGCUCAUCAGUGCUGUUACAGCUGUAACUGUUCAAUGUAUAUACUCCAGUCCCUGAAAGCCUCCUGUGUUGAGGGGGAAAUGGGGAAUCUUGAUUUAGCUUUCGGUGGAGUCUGCUUUAUUUGCGUGGAGGAUUGCCACCUUUCUGGAUGGGAAACGUACGAUCAGGCUUAGCAGCGUAAGUCUUUCAGCAAUAUUGUAUGACGAGAGUUUAGUUGAUUUGGUUUUAAUUCAACAUCGUGUGCAGAUCUCUCCUCACGUAUCUGCUCAGCAUGCUGUUGCUGUAUUCUCUGCAACUGUAGAAAACUGAUGGUGCUAAAAUCCUUAUUAGUUGUCAUUAGGUGUAGUGGUUUUUCAUUAGAAAAAUGAAUGUACUACAACUCGAUGCAGUUCGGAUUUUUUCACCUUUUUAGGUGAUAGAAAAAAUAUUUUUGGACUUGUUGAACAGUUAAUAGCUUAUAUGAAAAUUUUGUAAUGGUUUCAAAAUGCCUUCACAUGUAAAUAUGUAUUUUA